CGGCGUCACAAGUGCCUCAGCGGCGCCCUGAGACGUCGCCAUGGGGUGUCUGCGCAGCCUGUUCGCCUGCUGGUUCAAGAUCAAGUGUCCGCGACUGUGGUGCUGUUACGAGUGCUGCUGUGGUGAGGACGACGACGACAAGGAGAGGGAGAGGAGUGAGGACGAGUGAAGAAGCGAGGAAAAAGGAGUGGAGAGCUUAAAAGUUUUAUGAUAAAAGCAAAAAAGAAGAAUACAAAAAGAGACGGGAUCAGAAAAAAAAACGAAGAAAGGAAUUGAAAGCGAGGAAGAGAAAGGAUACGAUUAUAUGUAUAAUAACACGAAGACGGACAAUUUAGAAAAACAAACGACAAAGUACUCAUUGGGCAAAGGCCAAUGCAACUCAAGUUAUUUUGAACGGUGAAGGAAAAGUGAGAAGUGGACAGUAUUUCAAUGCAAGCAGUAAUUUCUGCCACUGCUUGGCUACCAAACGGGCCAGGCGGAGCUCUUUCAGAGAACGCUUUUAUGUCCAAGCCCAGCGAUUUCAGAAGCCACAUACCGAACUUCCAUCCAUCGUCCUAUGCAUCACUUACCGGCCAUUCACAUGCAGAAGAAUUAAUUCCGCACAUACCCAUUCAAGACUCGGGAUCAGUAGUCAAACCCAGCACACGAACGGAUCGGCACAGAUGGAAGAGACAGGCCAUGGACCUGGAUUCCAUUGGCGAUGGAUACGCCAACUUUAUGGGAGGUCAGAGCAGUUCCGAGUCAACAAAGAAAAUGCCCGUCCUUUUCGUCCCGAAAGACGAUCCUACAGAAUGCACUCCGACGCAUCAAAUGUCGUCAUUUGGCUUCCUUAGUUUCAUCAUCGCCAUCAUCAACAUAGUGGUCAACGUCGCCAACAACAUCAACAACAAUAACAACAACAAUAAUAACAAUAACAACAAUAACAACAACAACGACAACAAUGUGAACGUGGCCAACAACAACAACAAUCUGAACAACGAGAAUGACGUCAUGGUCGGGCGUCGACGUCAGCUGACGCUCCUGAGGAGUCUCAGGGACAAAAUGGUGGCCCGCAUUCGGUCUCGGGAACGUGCGGCAACCAAUCGACUUCGCCGGUCUUCUGGAGUUGGUGCAACAAAUACAGUAUUGGGACGAGUGGGGUCACGUGGUAGGCUAGAGACCAUUCUUAAAUGGAAAACAUCAAUGGUCGGAGCCAGAGGUCAACUCAGGUCGGGACGUAGAGGUCGAAGUCAGAUCAAGAGGAGAAGGAACGUUCGUGGUAGAGCGCAUGACCCUGAUCAGGUCACACUGCCACGUGCCCACCGCCGUCGUGUUCCGGAUUACAUGACCUCUGAUGAGGUCACCUGGACGCUGGCCGCCGUUACUGAGGUUCUCCAGCUGUGGCGGGAGGUCACCGGAGAGGGGAGGACGCACUGCGUCGCCUGGCGGUUCUGUGUCAGUGCCGCCCUUCGGCUGCCGGCAGGGGCGGCGGCGGCGGCGGCGGUAGCCAGGGCGGGGGCGGCACGGCUGACCGCCGCCCUCAGGGAUCUACCUGUGGAGACCCUCCAGCGGGCGUCCCGGCUGGGGGAGGCGGGGGCCAACUGCGAUACCGUGUUCCCAAGGUGCGGCUGAACGAACGAUGGCGACUGUUUUGUCCUUGAUGGCUGCUGUGGUGAAGAUUCGUCCUGUAAAUGCAAAUUUUGCAGGCUAGCUGACGGUGCUGUGAGGCUUGAGAAACGCACUUAUGAAGGUCUAAAAAAAAAAACAUUUCUGAGCGCAAUAAUUGACAUUUUUAGGAGCUAAAGGCAACAAAGUCGUGAUUAACUCAGUGACCAUUCUGUGUUGUUCCACAAUAAAUGCGAUAUCAUAA